AAACAGUCCUAAUCAUACAUAUGACCGCGUGAAGGCGGCAUUAGCGAGGCCGCUCGGUGUUUCUCGCUCAUCCAUCUAAUCAUCAUUGUGCUGCUAUAAAGAGGACAGGUCAAAACAUCGCCGAAAGGCAAACGGAGGAGCAGCCAUGGACAAAGUUCUUCUCUUCCUGUCACUCGUGACACUGGCUGGCGUCUCCUCGCAGUCAAUCACAGACAGCCAGAGAGUGUUCUCCAUCGCUGUGAGUCGAGUGCAACAUCUCCACCUGCUGGCCCAGAGACUCUUUUCGGACUUUGAGAGUUCUCUGCAGAACGAGGAUCAGCGUCAGCUCAACAAGAUCUUCCUGCAGGAUUUCUGCAACUCAGAUUACAUCAUCAGUCCCCUGGACAAGCACGAAACGCAACGAAGCUCGGUUCUGAAGCUGCUGUCGAUCUCCUAUCGAUUGGUGGAAUCGUGGGAAUUUCCUAGCCGUUCCCUCUCUGGGGGCUCUGCUCCCAGAAAUCAGGUUUCUUCAAAACUUUCUGAACUGAAGAUGGGAAUCCUCCUGCUAAUCAGGCUGUUCCUUCAGGCCAAUCAGGAUGCAGCUGAGAUGUUAGCUGACAGCUCCGCCCUGCAACUGGCGCCUUAUGGGAACUAUUAUCAAAGUGUGGCAGACGAUGAGCCCUUGAGACGGAUGUAUGAACUGCUGGCGUGCUUCAAGAAGGACAUGCACAAGGUGGAGACCUACCUGACGGUUGCCAAAUGUCGACUCUCACCAGAGGCCAACUGCACUUUGUAGACCUGCCGUCGCUCAGUCAGCAUCUCGUUGGCUCAUGCUGUCAAUUUGACGUGGAAGUCUUGUCAUGUGAUGAAAUAAAAGUCUUUGGGCUCAUGCA